AUGAACUACAGCAUUGUUAAAGAGUUUAUGAUUCUGGGACUCACUCAGAAAUCUGAACUUCAGGGAAUUCUUUUCAUUAUCUUUCUUUUUAUCUACCUUGUGGCUUUCGUUGGCAAUAUGCUAAUUGUCAUUGCCAUAAUCUAUAACACUGCCUUGCACACUCCCAUGUACAUUCUGCUCCUGGCCCUAGCUGUUAUGGACAUCAUCUGCACAACGAGCAUCAUACCGAAGAUGCUGGGAACAAUGCUAACAUCAGAAAAAUUGAUCUCAUACGGGGGCUGCAUGACCCAGCUCUUCUUCUUUACAUGGUCGCUGGGGGCUGAGAUGGUCCUCUUCACUACCAUGGCCUAUGACCGCUAUGUGGCCAUUUGUUUCCCACUUCGGUACAGUACGAUUAUGAACCACUACUCAUGUGUAGCCUUGCUCAGCAUUGUCAUGGGUAUAGCAGUAACCAAUUCCUGGGUGCACACAGGUCUUAUUCUGAGACUGACUUUCUGUGGGCCAAAUAUCAUUGAUCACUUCUUCUGUGAAAUACCCCCACUACUAGCAUUGUCCUGCAGUCCCGUGAGAGUCAAUGAGGUGAUGGUCUAUGUUGCCGAUAUCACUCUGGCUGUGGGGGACUUCACCCUCACCUGCAUCUCCUAUGGCUUUAUCAUUGCUGCUAUUCUCCGCAUCCGCACCACAGAAGGCAAGAAGGCCUUUUCCACUUGCUCAUCCCACCUUAUCGUGGUGUCCCUUUACUAUUCCCCUGUGAUCUACACCUAUAUUCGACCUGCAUCCAGCUACACCUUUGAAAGGGACAAGGUGGUGGCUGCACUUUAUACCCUAGUAACUCCCACAUUGAACCCAAUAGUGUACAGUUUCCGGAACAAGGAGAUGCAGGCAGGAAUUAGGAAAGCGUUUGCAUUUGUGAAAGGUUAA